UCUCACAUUCUUUCACACAUCACAUACACGUAUGUAUAUAUAGCAGUGAAGGGUGAAUCAUGAUCAAGACCUUUAGUUAGCUACUAUUUCUUAACAUGGAUAUAGGCCAUCAACCAUGGCAGAUGAUCAAUUUCGAGCAAGUACAAAUUGGUGGGAUUCAUCAAGAAACGUUGUGAGGUUUGAAAGCCGGGAAUCGCAAUCUGGAUCCUCUGGCGGAAAUUUUUCUUGGCAUGGCGUUGGUGAUGAUGAAAUGAAGCAACCAAGAUCCUCCACCAUGGAAAAUUCCAGGUCUUCUUCUGCAGGCGCCUCAUCAGGUAGGUCCUCUGUGGUGUUCCAUGAGAGGCUUCAACAACAACAAAACUUGGAUAUGAUGAUGGGUUUGGGGCUUUCUUCUCAAGCAUCCAUGGAUUGGAAUCAAGCAUCUUUCAUGAGAGCAGAAAAGGCAUCCGAGAUGUUGCAACAGAAUUUGAGCGCUCAUCAAGAAAUACAGUUCAGUCCUCAAUACAGCAACAUCACAAGCCAGCAAGUAGUAUCCUCUAAUUUUCCGAUGGAUUCUUCUUCUUCAGCGGCUUUAUAUUGUAACACUUCAGUGCUACAAGGGCUAUUAGGACCUGAAAGCAAUAAUAAUCAAGGACACCAAGGACCUAUGAGUAAUUUUCCAUACAGCAACAAUAAUAACAACCAAUUGCAUUUCACUAAUAACGCCCCCUUCUGGAACGCUUCGGAGCCUACGGCGGUUUCCAUUAAAGAUGCUCGAUCCAUCUUCUUCCCUUCAUUGCACCAACCAUUUUCGGCGCCAAGCUUUGAUCAACAAUCCAAGAAUAUAUGUGAAGUAAGGGAGUCAGGAGGUAGCAUGUUGAAGAAAAGUGAGAAUGAGCAAUCAUCAAAAAGGCCUAGAAACGAAACACCUCCAUCACCUUUGCCAGCUUUUAAGGUGAGAAAAGAGAAGAUGGGAGACAGAAUCACAGCCCUACAGCAAUUGGUUUCGCCUUUCGGAAAGACUGAUACCGCAUCGGUGCUCUCUGAGGCCACUGAAUACAUAAAAUUCCUCCAUGAGCAAGUGACUGUUUUAAGCACCCCAUAUAUGAAGAGUGGAGCUCAAACACAGCACCAGGUAGUGUACAAUGCUGGUAAAUCAAAGGAAGCUGAUGGACCAAAACAGGAUCUAAGAAGCCGAGGGCUGUGUCUGGUGCCAAUUUCAAGUACAUUUCCAGUGACUCAUGAACCCACAGUUGAUUUUUGGACGCCAACAUUUGGAGGAACUUAUAGAUAAUAUUAAUAUUAGGAUUAAGUACGAUUUUGGUUUCUAAAAUAUAAACAAAAAAAAUUUUUCGUUUCCAACCUUUUUUUACAUAUAAAAUCGCCCCUAAUUUUAUAAUUCAAAAUUGUUGGACAACUUUAGAUUCUAAUGUUUCACUAAGUUAAGAAUAUAUAGAUGGAAGGUUACGUUUUUACAGAAAAAAAAAAAUUGGAUAUUUUAAUGAUAUUGAAUUUUAUUUUCUCUAUGAAAAUAUUUGUACUUUUGAAAUUUUAACAAGCGUUCUUCGAAUAUUGAUUAGUAAAAUUUUGAAUUCUAAUAACAAAGAUACAGAAUUUUGUUGGUCUCACAUUUAUUUUUUAGUCAAACCCUUAUAAUAAGUUGUCCAACCAUUUUAAAUUUAAAUAGCAUUACUUUAAUAUUAACUAGUGGAAUAUUGAGUCACAGCAACUAGGACAAAUCUUUAUCAAAACAUGGCCAAGUUGGUUUGAAAAAAAAAAAAGGAAAGGAAAGAAGGAAGGAACAAAGAAAACAUAAAAGAAAGAAUGGGAGAAAGGUGGGAAGUGGGAAAGUCCGUUGAAAGAGAAAGAAAAGAAAAUGGUCCUUAAAAAGUGUGGGGAUAAGGCUAAUAGUGAGGUUUUGGUACAAUUUUGGGACCAUAUUCAAGAACAUUACUAAUAUAAGCUUUCGUAAUAAUUGAUGAAUUAUGCUCAAAAGAGUGUGGGUUAAUUAGGAUUCACAGAGUUUGCUGAUUAUAGAAUUUUGUUUGUCUAAACUUUUGAGGAAAUUAUUGAAAAUUGAUGUUAGUAAUAGGAAGAAAAAUUGAAUUUUGUUUCUCUUCAAAGAAAAAAGAAAAAAGGAAAAAAAAUCUUGUUAUGCUGUGAAUAGAGCUGGCACUACCGUUAAUUAGUUCAAGGAAAAGAAAUGUACUAAUUUGGAGGAAUAAUAAUUGAGAAUAUAGAAUACGGGAGUGAAUGAGCUUGGGGAUAUGUUGGUUGAUUGGAAAUUUCACUUUUCAUUUGUUUAUAUUUCUUUGAAAUAUCUAAGUGGAAGUGAGAAAGUGGCCCAGAUCAUUCUCACCCUCCAUUCUCUAAUCUCUAUCUCUUUUUAUUUAUAUUGUUUGGAGGAAAAAUUCGUAGUCCGUGUAUAUCUUGUGAAAUA